AUGAUUUCUUCACCGGUUGGCUCUCUGCAGUCAUAUUUAGGUUCUUUUUCCACGAUAAGCCAAAAGGUCUUAACUCCUAGCCUUAUUCCAAGGCACAGAAAAUCUAAUUCUACUAGCGAUUCCAUUGAGCCAAUUUUUCGUUUACCUAAAAUAUCAAAGCCACAAGCAAAAAAGCGAAUCUCAAAGGCAAAAUUAAUUCCAAAGCAAUCAAGAACGAUGGACUCAACUUCAAUAAACCUUGAAAAAAAAGAUCAUAAGCUAAAGCUAGAUAUAGACCAUCAUAUAAUUCGAGCUUUGGUUUCUAUAGAAGAGCAAGCGGAGUCUUCAAAAGAUAAUACAAUUUUAACACAGGUUUUUCAUAGAAUGUCUGAAGGGAUGAAAGAUUUACAUGAAAAUUUUACUUUGAAAAAUGAUAUAAAUAGGCCAAAAAUUGAUAUAAGUCAGCCAAUGUUAAAGGAUAAACCAAAUUUGAUUGAUGCGAAAAUAAAAGUAAAAUCUAGUGACAGAGAUAUAUGAAUAAAAAAGCAUGGGCAUGUAAUACCUGGGACAGAAAAUAAGGAUUUUUUUGAGUUCAUAAAAGACUUAUUUGAUGCAUUAGAUGAAGAUAAUAAUAAGCAUUUAAGUCCCGACGAAAUAAUUAUCCCUCUUAUAGCUUUGGGGCUCUGUGAAACAGCAGAAAUGCUUGAAAAAGUAAUAUACAUGUAGAUUUUAAUUACAAGUUUUGAUGGAAAAAGUCUGAAUGAUAUAGUUCUAUAUAGGGAAAAUUUUAUUUGUAUAUUCAGAGAAGAUAGAAAACUUGAUAUCAUGAUAAAAAGCUUAGAUUUUCAUACAAAGAAUAUGAUAAAUUGUGAUGAAGAUAAUGAAUAUUUAAGAAAAAAUAAAGAAAUAGAAGAAAAUCCUAUGAAAAAGCUCCCAAAGUGCUAUUGUGUUAUAGAAGACUAUAUAAGAAUGAUAAAAAAAUGAUGGAGUGAAAUUAAAUCGAGAUAUUUUAAAGUCACUGAUAUUCAAAUAGGCGAAUUUAUGGUUGGAAAAGGACUUGUAUCAAAUAAGCAUGAAGGAAGUAUAAUGAUUUCUUCACAAAAUAAUAAGUCAAAAUAUAUCACUUACGAGGAUUUUGAAAAAGUAUUUUAUAAAGCAAUUUUUAAAGCUGAGCUUUUAAAUUUGGCAUAUGGGCUGCAAGGUUUAGAUCUAAAUGAAGAAUCUUCAUCUGUAAAGUUAAAAUUUACUAUGAUUCAGCGGCAAUUAAUGAUGACGGGUACAAAGCCAAGGGCAAGCUUUCAUGACAAAGGAAGAAUUGUAUUAGAUUCAUUAGACAAGUACAGAAGAAGUAUCAGCUCAUUAAUGAAUAAGUCAAACUACGAGUUCGACAACUCUUUGGAUGAGGCUGAAAAGCAAAACCAAACAAGAAUUCAUGAUUUUUUAUACUCAAUCAAAGAAUCAGCACAUCCAUUUCUAGAUCAAAGAGGAAAUCUUCGAUCAAAUAUAAGGAACACGUGAGAUGUCAGAGAAAAUAUCAGUGAAAGCCAUUCUCCAGUAGACGAAAAUGCAACAAUAGGAGAAACUAGCAUUAAUGAUGAUAGAAAGUCUCCAUACUCUAAAAAUGUUAAAAUUUUUAGAGAAAAUUAUUUACUUACAGAGUUUUCUAAAAACGUCAGUAAAUACCCGAAAAGGAGCAGAAUAUUAAAUUCCAGUCUCCAAUUUUAA